AUGGGGCGGGUGUGAGCGGGGCUCGCCAUGAGGUACAACGAGCGGGAGCUGCUGUCCCUGGCCCGGCAGCCCGCCGAGAAGGCGGCCGAGAUCUUGAUGCGGGUGCCCAAGAAGGGGAGCGUGUUAAAGAAACGCCUCGUGAAGCUGGUUGUCAACUUUCUCUUCUACUUCCGGACGGACGAAGCGGAGCCCAUUGGAGCUCUGCUGCUGGAGCACUGCAGGAUCACCAAAGAGGAGGAGAACGUCUUCUCAAUCAGUUUCAUUGAGGAGCCCGAGAGGAAAUACUGCUUCGAGUGUGACAGUGAGGAGCAGUGUCAGGAGUGGAUUGAGGCCCUCAAGCGAGCCAGCUAUGAGUUCAUGAGGAGGAGCUUGAUCUUCUACCGGAAUGAGAUCCAGAAAAUGACAGGGAAGGACCCCCUGGAGCAGUAUGGGAUCUCGGAGGAAGCCCGCUUCCAGCUGGGAGCACGCAGGCAGUAGUCCCCUCUCUGGAGCUGACCUGGUGCCUGGCCCCAGGCUGCACUCCCCGGGGACAGCAGCAGCAGUUGCCCUGCAGCAGUGACCAAGGGACUUUUUAAUUUAUUAGCCACAUCAUUUUGUAUGAUUUUUUUAACACAGAAUUCUUUGCACA